GAUAACCAGGCUCAUUAGAGGCGAGCGUCGAUGACAACCAUGAUGAUCUACCCUCUGCUUCUCUCUGCAUUGCCUCUGCUCAGCAGCGCCGCCCUGACCUACCGCGGGGCGGAUAUCUCCUCCCUUUUGAUCGAGGAAGAUGCUGGCAUCAGCUAUAAGAACUUGAAUGGCGAGACCCAGGCAUUGGAGGAUAUUCUGGUCAACAAUGGCGUCAACUCGAUCCGACAGAGGGUGUGGGUAGACCCCAGCGAUGGCUCGUACGAUCUCGACUAUAAUCUCAAGCUGGCCAAGCGUGUUCAGGCCGCGGGUAUGAGCAUUUACUUGGAUCUGCAUCUCAGUGAUACGUGGGCAGAUCCCAGUGAUCAGACUACCCCUACCGGUUGGUCGACCACGGACAUCGACACACUCACCUGGCAACUGUAUAACUACACGCUCGACGUCUGCAAUACGUUCGCAGAGAAUGACAUUGACAUAGAGAUCGUCUCCAUUGGCAAUGAGAUCAGCAGCGGACUUCUCUGGCCAUUGGGCAAAACCAGCAACUAUGACAAUAUCGCGAAGCUGCUGCACUCCGGCGCCUGGGGAGUGAAGGACUCCAACCAGGCCACGACCCCGAAGAUUAUGAUCCACCUGGACAAUGGAUGGGACUGGGAGGAACAAGAAUACUUCUACAAGACUGUCCUGGCCACGGGGUCGCUGCUCUCCACGGAUUUCGACCUCAUGGGAGUCUCGUACUAUCCAUUCUACAACUCGGAAGCUACCCUGUCGGCGCUUCAGACCAGCCUCACGAACAUGCAAUCGAACUACGAUAAGUCUGUGGUGGUGGUGGAGACGAACUGGCCCGUGUCUUGCCCGGACCCGGAGUAUUCAUUCCCGUCGGAUCUCAGCUCGAUCCCCUUCUCGGCCGCAGGACAGGAAGAGUUCCUCGAGAAGCUGGCAGAGGUGGUAGAGGGCGUCACGGACGGACUGGGUAUUUAUUACUGGGAACCGGCGUGGGUCGACAAUGCCGCGCUGGGAUCCAGCUGUGCGGAUAACCUGAUGGUGGAUAUUGACACGGAUGAAGUCCUGGAGAGUGUCACCGUGUUUGAGGACCUCUGAAUUUUUUUCCCUUCUGUUUGAGAGCACCAGAUCGAUGCAUCUCAGCUAUUAUGUACUGUAUUAAGUAGUGAUGUUACAGCGUAUGUGUGUGAGUAUAGUAGUAUGUGUUAAUAAUUGAUCAACAAUCAGGAGUUAGUACCAUUACUCAACUCUGCUACCUGCACCACUUGAACAGUAGAAAACAGUUUCAGAAAACGAUAAACUAAACCAAAGAAGAAUAAGAUAAAAAGGCACACCCGUUAGGGAAAUAAUUCAUGUAGAUCCAUCAAGAAACUAUCGGCCCCCGCGCACAAACACAUUAACACACAAAUGGUGAAGCCUGCGGUUGAACCGUGGACCUGCAGUCGAGGGGCAGCAGAUAGGGUGGCUGUGCAACCAGCGAUCCAGUUGGGAUCGGCGGUGUUCUAAGCAGCUAAUGGCAUGGCUGGCCAAUCUAUCUAAAUCAGAGCCAAGGAAAUUGAACCCUGGCAACUUGUCUAUAGAGAGAGAGAGAGAGAACGAGAGAAUGUGUGUUUGCAACCGAGAUAGGGGGAGGGGGAGGUGUUAAGGCUGACAGGUUUGCUGAAGAGAGAAAGUUAAGAGAACAGAUGGUGAUCUAUCCAUCACACUUUUCGGAAAUAAUCAAUGAUUAUCGUAAUACGAGGGGAUCAGUGCGGGAUAUUUGGCACAUCUCUCUUCCUCUUACUAUUUGACGUAAAAUAAU